UCUUCCUCAGAGUGGGUAAUAUCGUCAGCAAACUGAGCUGUAUAAGAAUUAGAGCAAGUUGGAAGAUCUCUAAUGUAAAUAUUAAAAAGUUUAGGACUAAAUCCCUGAGGAAGUCCAUAUGACACUGGCUUUAACUGAUUUACUUGAUUGGCCUGAACGAAUCGGAUAAAUAGCUGUUUAACCAGGAUAUUGUGCUCAAGCUACAGCCUUUUUUAAAUAGUUUGUUAAUAAGAAGUUGGUGUGGAACGGAGUCAAACGCUUUAGACAGGUCAACCAUAAUACUACCUGCAAAUUUACCCUGAUCAACGCUACGCAUACAAACGACCACAGCAUUUAUAAAAGCAUACUCGCAACUCGAUUUCUCUCUGAAUCCAUAUUGUUCUGGAGGAAUUGUCUUAUUCACAUCACAAAAAGAAGACAGUUGUCAAGCUAUUAUCUUUUCAAACAUCUUUCCUAAUACGCAAAGUAAUGAAAUAGGUCUAUAAUUCUCAGGUUUUGAUUUCGAUUCUUUAUUUUUCCAGACCGCUACUAAAUUAGCUUCUUUCCACAUUAUUGGAAAAUAGUUAUCUUCAAUGCUUUUGUUAAUAAUUGUUCUUAUGUUUGGCGAAAUAGCUGCAGCUUAUUUUUUUAAAACAAAUGCUAGUAGACCAUCGUACCCAGUCGCAGUUUUUUCCUUCAGGUUUGCUAGAUUUUGGUAUACUAUUUUGCAAUCAAUUUUUUUAAUACUGAAUAAAUCUUUAUUCUUGCACCGACUCUUCAUUUUUUUGGGAAGAAAAACUUCUCUUAACGCUAUCUACGCUAACUACGCUAUCUGAAAUCUUAUUUUUAUUAUGUAACGUAAUGAUACAAGACUUGUAUAAUGUCCCUCCAGUACAAUACCUUUAGAGUUUGUAGAGGCUUUUAACAUAUUUGCAGAACAUUUUAGAUAAUGCCUUUUAUAAACUUAGUUCAUGCAAAGAAUUUUUCCAAAGUUUUUAAGCGAUUUUUAAAAACAAAUGGAUCCUUUAGCAACAAUUUAUUGCAGUUUGUUCCUGAUAGUCAUCAGGUUUCUCAAUAUGAAGUUGCCCAGAUGUCUAAAUUUAUCAACAACUGUUCAAAAGUCUUUGUAAUAACAGGUGCUGGGGUUUCAACAGAAUCAGGCAUUAAAGAUUAUCGUUCUGAUAAAGUUGGUUUAUAUGCUACAUCUAAGCAGCGGCCUAUUGAGUAUUUAGAGUUCUUAAAGAAUCCAAAUAAGCGUCAAAAGUAUUGGGCGCGAAACUAUUUAGCAUGGCCAAUUUUUUCAUCUUUUCAACCAAAUGUAAAUCAUCAUUUUUUAUCAGCUAUGGAAAAACAUGGAAAUUUACAUUGGCUUGUAACACAGAAUGUUGAUAGUCUUCAUUUAAAGGCUGGAUCAGUCAGAGUUACUGAGCUUCAUGGUUCUUCUGCAAGAGUGGUAUGUUUAACAUGCGGAAAUAAAAUAAGUCGAGUUGAACUUCAAAAGCAGUUGCAACAUAUAAAUUCCAACUGGAGGUCCAUUUCUUCCCUAAAUGAACAAGGUCCAGAUGGUGAUGUUUUUAUAUCUGAAUCUGAUGCAAGUCAAUUUAAAAUGGUUGACUGUCACAAAUGCGGCGGAAUUCUAAAGCCUGAAAUAGUUUUUUUUGGUGACAAUGUUUCUCCCACAGUAAAAGAGUUCUGUUAUAAAAUGUUAUCAGAGUGUGAUGGAGUACUUGUCAUCGGUUCUUCCCUUCAAGUCUAUUCCAGCUUUCGAUUUAUUAUAGCAGCAAAAGAGAAAAGAAUCCCAAUAGCAAUUUUAAAUAUUGGAGAGACAAGAGGUGAUCCAUACGCUUAUUUAAAACUACCUUAUCGUGCCGGAGAAGUAUUACCGAAAUUGAGUUUGCAAUGGAUUACUUAGCAAGACUUUUAAAGUAGGUUGUUUUUGGUUUUAUCUUGAAAAUAUGAGUUAUAGAUAAUUGACUAUUUUAAUUUUUGUAUUACGCAUAAAUUGUAUAUAUAUAUAUAUUUAUUAAGGUGGUCCUAUACCAUCAAACUUGUGUCACUAACGUUUGACCUUAAAACACUUAUUACUGCAUUUAAUAGGAUGCCCAGAUAUAAAAAAAGAAAAAAAACUAAAAAAAUUAAAAAAAAAAAAUUUACGGGCUUAAUAAACCAUGUUGGGACCCGAAAUACCCCAAUUACUGUUUCCUUAAUAACUUUUAAACCAUAUUUACUCAUUGAAUAAAAUUUUACAAAAAGUUUUGUUUUACUAUGAAGAACAAUUUGAACUAAAAUCAAUAAAAUUUAUUGAGUAGUUUAAAUUUUAUAGAUAAAAAAUCAUUUAUAUCAAAAAUUUACUAUAGUUACGUUAGUUCUAAGACCAAAAAUUCAAAAAAUACAAAGUAAAAAACUUUCAUUUUAGUUCGUUGUAGAUCAAAC